AUGACGCCCUGCAACCCCCCUGUCCCCCAACCCCCUAGGCCUCACAACCCCCUGUCCCCCAACCCCCCAACCCCCCCAAAUGCCCUGCAACCCCCCUGUCCCCAACCCCCUAGGCCCUGCAACCCCCCUGUCCCCCAACCCCCUAGGCCCUGCAACCCCCCUGUCCCCCAACCCCCUAUUCCUCACAACCCCCCUGUCCCCAACCCCCUAGGCCUCACAAUCCCCCUGUCCCCCAACCCCCUAGGCCUCACAACUCCCCUGUCCCUCAACCCGCCAAGCCCCCCAGGCUUCCCAACCCCCCAACCCCCCAACACACCAGACUCCCUGUUCCCCAAUGCCCCAGGCUCCCCAACCCCCCUGUCCCCAACCCCCCUGUCCCCAACGCCCCAGGCUCCCCAACCCCCUUGUCCCCCAACCCCCCAGGCUUCCCAACACACCAGACUCCCUGUUCCCCAAUGCCCCAGGCUCCCCAACCCCCCUGUCCCCAACCCCCCUGUCCCCAACGCCCCAGGCUCCCCAACCCCCCUGUCCCCAACCCCCCUGUCCCCAACCCCCCUGUCCCCAACCCCCCUGUCCCCAACGUCCCAGGCUCCCCAACCCCCCUGUCCCCAACCCCCCUGUCCCCAACGCCCCAGGCUCCCCAACCCCCCUGUCCCCAACCCCCCUGUCCCCAACCCCCCUGUCCCCAACCCCCCUGUCCCCAACGUCCCAGGCUCCCCAACCCCCCUGUCCCCAACGCCCCUGUCCCCAACGCCCCAGGCUCCCCAACCCCCCUGUCCCAACCCCCCUGUCCCCAACCCCCCUGUCCCCAACGCCCCAGGCUCCCCAACCCCCCUGUCCCCAACCCCCCUGUCUCCAACGCCCCAGGCUCCCCAACCCCUCCUGUCCCCAACGCCCCAGGCUCCCCAACCCCCCUGUCCCCAACGCCCCAUGCUCCCCAACCCCCCUGUCCCCAACGCCCCAGGCUCCCCAACCCCCCUGUCCCCAACCCCCCUGUCCCCAACCCCCCUGUCCCCAAUGCCCCAGGCUCCCCAACCCCCCUGUCCCCAACGCCCCAGGCUCCCCAACCCCCCUGUCCCCAACCCCCCAGGCUCCCCAACCCCCCUGUCCCCAACGCCCCAGGCUCCCCAACCCCCCUGUCCCCAACGCCCCAGUCUCCCCAACCCCCCUGUCCCCAACCCCCCUGUCCCCAACCCCCCUGUCCCCAACGUCCCUGACCCAAACACCCCUGUCCCCAACGCCCCAGGCUCCCCAACCCCCCUGUCCCCAACCCCCCUGUCCCCAACCCCCCUGUCCCCAACCCCCCAGGUCCCCCAACUCCCCAGGUCCCCCAACUCCCCAGGCUCCCCAACCCCCCUGUCCCCAACCCCCCAGGUCCCCCAACUCCCCAGCCCCAAGCUCGCCCAAGCACCUCCAGCUCCAGUGGCCCCUGUCCUGUGA